AUGAGAGGAUUCCCAGAAUUCUACCACUUCUCCUCCUCAACAACAUCCACCAUCACCUACGCCUUCCACGAUGAAGCCACCCAACCGCUGCCGCCGUUGACCAAGCAAAUUCCCAUCCACUCCACCAAACCACCAUCCACCGACACCAGAUCCGCCUCCGCCGCUGCGACCAAAAUCCAGGCGGCGUACCACGCCCGCGCAAUCCGCCUACUCUACCGCAUGAUCUCGGCCGUGGACGCCGAGUCAGGGGAGAUAGAGCGGCGGAUCCAGCGGCAGGAGACGGUGGACGCAGUGAGGAGGGAGGAGAGGGAGAAGGCGAGGGUGAACGAGGAGCUGAUGCGGCUGCUGAUGAGGCUGGACGCCGUCCCCGGGUUUGAUCCGACGGUGAGGGAGGCGAGGAGGAAGAGCGAGUCGAGAGUCGAGGAUUGGGACUGGGACGGCGGUGGCGGCGGGGAAUUUUGUUGGGAUCGGACGGUGGCGGAGAUGGAGGAGCGAGUGUGUAGGGAGGUAAGUUUUAUUUUUAUUUUUAAUAGUUGUAAAAUGAGGUGGAAAUUGUAA